AUGCUGCCGCUCCUGCUGGGCCUUCUGGGCCCGGCCGCCUGCUGGGCUCUGGGUCCAGCGCCAGGCUCAUCAGAGCUGCGCUCGGCCUUCUCAGCAGCGCGCACUGGUCCCUUGGAAAGCACGUCGGACAUGGCAGUGACCUUCGACAAGGUGUACGUGAACAUCGGCGGGGACUUCGACGCGGCCACGGGCCAGUUUCGUUGUCGCGUCCCGGGCGCCUACUUCUUCUCCUUCACCGCGGGCAAGGCCCCGCACAAGAGCCUGUCGGUGAUGCUGGUGCGCAACCGCGACGAGGUGCAAGCGCUGGCCUUCGAUGAGCAACGGCGACCCGGUGCGCAGCGCGCAGCCAGCCAGAGCGCCAUGCUGCAGCUCGAUUACGGCGACACAGUGUGGCUGCGGCUGCACGGCGCGCCGCAGUACGCGCUCGGCGCCCCUGGUGCCACCUUCAGUGGCUACCUGGUGUACGCUGACGCCGACGCGCCUGCGCGAGGUGUCCCCGCGCCUCCCGAACCGCGCUCGGCUUUCUCAGCGGCGCGCACGCGCAGCCUGGUGGGCUCGGACGCGGGCCCCGGGCCACGGCACCGGCCACUGGCCUUCGACACUGAGCUUGUUAACAUCGGCGGCGACUUUGACACGGCCGCCGGCGUGUUCCGCUGUCGCCUGCCCGGCGCCUACUUCUUCUCUUUCACGCUGGGCAAGCUGCCGCGCAAGACGUUGUCGGUGAAGCUGAUGAAGAACCGCGACGAGGUGCAGGCCAUGAUUUACGACGAUGGUGCGUCGCGGCGCCGAGAGAUGCAGAGCCAGAGCGUGAUGCUGGCGCUGCAGCGCGGUGACGCUGUCUGGCUGCUCAGCCACGACCACGAAGGCUAUGGUGCCUACAGCAACCAUGGCAAGUACAUCACCUUCUCCGGCUUCCUGGUCUACCCUGACCCGGACCCCACCGCCACUGCCGUCCGCUUGCCUGGCCUGGGACUCCCGGAGCUCUGA